CACAUAUUUAUACGUUUGUUGCCGCGCGUAAAUCACAGAAAUAUGUGGCACUUUCAGAUAGACGAGAUUUUGAACACAUUAAGAUUGUCCAGUUCACGAAACACAAUUACGGAGAAACUUUCUGGCGGGGAAAAGAAGAGGUUAAUGAUUGCUCUCGAGUUAGUGAAUAAUCCGCCGGUUGUUUUUCUCGACGACCCAACUACUGAUAGAAAUUUCGUCAGGAGAGUACGGUUUCGAUCUGACCGAGCGAAUGAUCGCUUGUGUGAAAUGAAAGCACCGAUUCUGCCGGUUCACCGAACGAAACAGGAGUUCGAAUUUGAAAGUAAAAAUUAUCCGAGUAUAUUAUGGUUCGAUCAGUUUAGCACACUAGUGAAGAGAAUGAUGAUACAGCUCUAUCGGAACAGGAACCAUCUGUACCUGAAGAUAUUUGUACAUAUUCUUGGGAUUCACUAUAGGCAGAACUUUUUAUGGUAUGGGUUACGACGGAUCCAAGGUUUUCUACAAUUUUGGCUUUUGUUUUGCGACUGUUAUGAUAUUCCUCUACAUACCGACGCUGCCCAUACUUCUAUGGUUUCCUGAAGAACUUGUACUCGUAAAGCGGGAA